GCUCUCUGGCAUACACGUUGUCACUUAGAUAAUAUUGGUAACGUGCGAAUGUCGUUUAUCUACUGCAUUCACAUUGACGGGAUGGUGUACCAUCGGUUGAAAAAGAAGUAUUAAGAAUCAGAAUCGAGCCUCUAUAUGCGCUUUGAAAAUACACAAUUCAAUACAUUCUAUUUUCUGGUGCAAUAAUGGUCUAUGAAUCUAACUCAUGACAUCAAAUGAUAGGUCCUUGACAGUUCUGUCAACCUCUCAAGAUCGAUCAACCAAACGUAACAAAACACAAGUCACCAAACCACCCACUUUUGAUUCACCUGCUUCUCUCCCCUGUCAACAAACUAUCACAGCUGUCAACCCCAAUCAAGGUGGUCAACACAAUAUCGCAGACCCUCUAGAGAUAUGAGAGUGUUUAACUUCCUGAUGCUGCUGUUUGGAAUACUGCAUGCCCCAGGAGAGGCAAAAGAACUCAAGGGGAAAAAGAAAGGGGGGAUAAUGCACCGCCUCGGUAAAUUGCAAAAUUUCAAACUUUCAUCAGCGAGAAAAGCACUUGUGUUCACCGAAACAUCAACGGAAGCGGUCAAGUCAAAGCUGGACAAAACCCUUGAAGUUAUAGGUCCGUAUAAGAAAAUGGAAAACGAUGUCAAAGUUAACAUAGGAGGACUCGAUGUCGACCUAAAUCCGACACAACCCUUGAAAAACCUUCUCAAUAAACCUGCAAACCCAGUCAUGCGCAUUAACGGCUAUCCCGUCAACCCUACGGGAAGUGCGACCUUAUCUCAGAUGGAUGAUGGCUCGCUCAUUCCAGAGAUGAGUUUACAAGAGACGCCAAUGUACGAGUUGAUUCAGCCCACCACCCGCAGAUACGGAAACAGGCGCCAAUACGGGAAUAUGGUGCAAACUGGCCGGCCGUUUCCUGGUAUGGGGAAUAUGGGCUGGAACUCAAUGCAAAAUAGAAACACAUUCAUGAACAGAAUGCGAGGUGGAAUGUACUUUGGUAAUAGUAUGGGAAAGAAAAGAGACAGGCCUGUUACACGGAGCAAGAAAGAUCAUAAGUUAAAGAAAUUACUUUCCAACUUAAACAAGGAUUUGUAAUCAGUCUAUUGUAUUUAAAGUCUUUUCUAGGAGAGUACUUGACCCCGUACAGAACAAUGGUUUGACAACAGGAGGAAAUCAACCCCAGCCCAAUUAUGAAUCGUGUGCUUGUUGGUACUUUAAUAUUUUGCAUCGCGUCCCUUCUCGGUAUCCAAGGAAAAGCAAUGAAGAAUGCAUCUCGCCGACAGGAGAUCUUCCAGAACAGUAACAAUCCCUUCAGUGACAUAGGACCGAUGAAACAGCGCUCAUUUCUAAGCCCAAUGAACGCCGAUGCUGUAAAUGGUGCUGUUGCCGACGAUGGUGGCGUUGGGCUUCCAUUUGGCACUCAAGGAAGACGCUUGGAUAAGAACCCUCUCAUUGGUGCAGCAGGUCUGACCAAGAACUCCCUAGCAGACAUUAUGUUUGGCAACCUAAAGGGUCUCGCCUCCGCCACGCAAGCAGGAGCGGAGGCGGGGCAAAACGAGGGCAUCGCAGCUUUCAAUGCCAUGCAAAUGCAAGGAAACCAGCAGGAUGGUAUGGGGGAGAAUAUGGUGUUUGGUGGAACACUUGGAGACCAGAACAAUUUAGUUAAUACUAUCAGUAAUGGACUAGGUAAUGGAGUGAACAUCAAUAAACUUGCGGCCAUGAACGGGCUUAUCGCAAGUGGUCCCGGCCUCAACAACUUUAGGUUGAGUCCUGAAGCGGUGAAUGGAAAUGGAGGACUUCAAUCAAUGGGUGGAAUGAAUGGAAUGGGUCUUGGCGGAUUUAACCCAAACUCCGGAGGCAUGACUAUGCCACAGGUCAAUAGUUUUGGAGGACCGCCUAUGGAAGUAAUGAAUCCUAGUAUUGGACUUAAGAUGUUACAGCAGAUGAAAGGGAUGCAAGGAAAUAAUGAACAACAGGAACCCACUGAUGAGCAACACCAUAAGCGCCAUCAUCAUCACCAUCAUCACCAUCGUCAUAAGCAUCAUAAGUCCACUACUAAGGUUCUAUUGAGUCUUCUCGUAGAUAAACUGAAGGAUAUAUACGAGCUUGAUCAGAUGAAAGCUGCGAAGAACCAGAAAUUGGAUUCUUUGACAUCAGGUAAAAUUGGUGAUGUAAUGGAUGCGCUCGAUCUUCCAAAAGGCGACUUGACGAGCAGAGACCAGGGGGCCUCAUCCAACAGCACGCUUGGUGAAUUCAAGACGAAGCUUUCAUUUCCCUUGACUGUAUCGGACGAGCAAGCCAGUAAGAUCGUCCUCAAGGGGAAAGACGUCGCCAAGGAUGACGACGAUUCUAAUAUUCAAAAUAUUUUGUCAAAUCUGGGCAUCAGUCAAGGGUCGGAUGAUGAUGUCAACAAGAAAAGCAGCAAAGGCAAGAUGGCAGAGAUGAAAAACGAGACGCAGAAGAACUCUAAGAAAGAGGACCCGAAAAUUGCGUCAUUCAUAUCGGAAAUAAAGGGGCAGCAAUUUGAAGAUGUCAAGGGAAGCAACCGUGCAAUGGUUGAAAAAGUUAAGCUUUCUAACAAAAACACUUCGACGUCGAAUAAGAAGGCGCAAAGUAAAGAUAAAAUUGCGGUUCCUAAGUCCGACCUUGGAGAGAUUAUGAAGGAUGAAGACUCUGGAAGUGAGUCAGAAUUUCACACAAUAAAAGCUGGUGUGGAUAUAGAAGACAAAGUGAAUGGAUUCAGUAGUUCACCUCUAGAUCUGAAGGACCCCAGCCCCCCAGGCAAGGACACGAGUUCAGUGUCUCCACUUCGUACGUUUUCCAUCUCCUCCUUAUUGAACAACGAAGGUGGUACAGGCGAUUCCGAUACAGGUGCAGACUUUGUAAAGAUUUCGGACAAACCUAAGAUCUCGAAGCUUAUUGACUCAACUAUCGACAAUGGUGAUACCAAAGAGAUUUCACUAGGCAACUCGGUAUCAACACUACCAGAUGUGGAAACUAAAUCAGAGACCCUUGAAAGCCGUUCAAGAGAGAAUGAGUCCCCAAAGAAUGCUAACGAGUCUGCUUCAAAGUACUUGAAAGCGGCCAGGGUUCUCGGUGCCGUGUAUAAGAAGGUGAGAGACCCGAUUGCUAGAGACAGCGUGGAAACAGCAAUCAAAGCGAUGCUGAAGGUGAUUCGGUACGAGUCUAAGGCUGGAAAUUCAUACAAGAAACAUGCAGUACCGCGGGAUAAAGCACUGCAGAAGGAGCUACGCGCGGAGCUGCGGAGACUAUCAAGAACUGAGAAAAGCAUGAGGAGAAGGAUAAUGACUCAGCGAAAAGCAAGAACGUAGUGUAGGAAGCAACAGAUCCAGAGUUUUGUAUUAGUUAUGUCUAGAUCAGAUUAUCAAAUAAGUUAACUUCGAUUCAUUAUUGUAUUCUUCACUAAUAAUUCUUUCAAAUAAAAUACCAUAAAAUAUGAA